CUCCCGCAUCCACACUUUCUUGGGGAGGGGGUGGCCUGGCAGCUGCACCUUAUGCCCAGAAGCACCCCGGCCCGUCCGCGGUAGCUGCUUCUGGGAGGGGUGUCUGCCUCUGCGAGGGACUCCUCAGCGCUUAUUUAGGGGUGGGGACAGGAGUGGAAUGAUGUUUUCUAGAUAGACUGCCCAGUCUCACCCGGUAUCCCAACGAGGGGUGGCGGGGUGGGGCGCUCCUUGGGGUCUGGCUUAUAAACCUCCCUGCCCACCCAUCCGUGCAACCCCCUUCCAGGUCUGAGUGACUCCUAGAGAUGGGGGAGCAGGCGGCAGGACUCUGGGACCAAUGAAAUAUUAUUAGUACCCCUUUCAGCCCUGCCUCACACCCAGCCUCCUUAAACAUUUUCCUCCCUGCCCCCCAGUGGAGGUUGUGUGUGAUCAGGUGUUUUUGUGACACCCCACUUCAUAGUGUGGCACUGACUAAAAAUGUCACCUUGGUGCUGCCAGUAGUCAGUUGUCACUUUGUAGUCACAGGGUUGUGUGACUCGUCCUUCACUGACUCUUUUUGUUUCAUCUUCACUUCCCUUAAGAGGCUUCAGUCUCUUUCUAGAGCAGAAUGGAGUCAGGACCUGGGCUCUUGCAGGUUAGGGACUCCGCUAUCUCUUUAGGGUUGGGAUAGCCCCCCUCAGUCCUUAACAGCUUCUCAGAGGGGUUUCCAGCAUAAGAAGUUUUAAAUUUGUUUUGUCCAUGUUGUCAGGGAAUCAUUUGGGGAGAAGCAUCUCUUUUUUGGUGACGCCUUUUCUAGGCUGAUCUGGUCAUUCUUUUCCCACCUCCUGGCUCAGGGCUUCAGGUUCUGGGAUUCAUCAGAUCAUGCACCUGCUGUUGCUCAAUAAAGGGGAGGGCCUCAGCCUGACCUGCUUUCUCCAGAUCUGAUCCCCCCUUCCCCCCACCCGUGGGAUCCUCAGAUAAGCAGAUCCCAUUUCUGGGAGGUGGAGAAGUUUGUCAGUAUCCUUGAACUCUGAACUUUGUGGAGGGAAAAAUGGGAAAGCAAAGAUGAGAGAUCUUCAAAGAAUUCAGGAAAAGGGAAGUUUCUUCUCCCCCUUGCCCCUAAUUUACUUUGAACCUUUCAUCCUGUGCUAAGUGGCUUCAUUCGUGGUCUCUCAGUCCUCACAAUAAACCAUGUGAAGUGAGUAGAGUUUGUAUUUUCAGGUGAGGGUGCUCAUGGAAGUUAACUUCCCUGGAGUCCCUGAGCUGUAAAGUAAGGGAACCAGAGCUCAAACUCUAGCACCUGUGCUCCUGCUUCUUUUCUGUGGGGAGAGUAGAAGAGAGGCUGCUCUUACCCUUACCUUUACACCGUGAGGGCAGGUAGCGUUAGCAGGUAAGAAGGUGGACUCAGAAUGCCUCGGUUUGAAUCCCAGCCCUACCACUUAUUAGCUGUGUGAACUUGAGCAAGUCUUCUCAGUGCCUCAGUGUUCUCCUCUGUAAAAUGGAAAUAACAGUGUCUACUUCAUAAGGUGGUUAUAGGGCUUAAAGGAGUUAACAUAAUUUUUAUAUAUAUAUACUUAGAACAAAACCUGGCACAUGUACGUGCUGUGCACGUGGAUUGCACAUGUUUGUUGUAAUUAUUCUUGCCGCCAUUGCCACAUACUGUGUCCCCUAAGUCCCCUCCCACCUGGACACUCAGGAUAGUCAUUCUGUCAACUAUCUGAUCACAGACCCCCCACCCUGGACGUUCCCCACCAGGGUUAUCCUCAGCAGACAGGUUGCUCCUUGGGUGCUGGGUGCUCCCCUGCCUUUCUCGGUACAGUGCUUAGCCGGUGCUCUGCAGGCGGUAGAGUUAGCAGGUAUUUUUUGGCUGUUUGAAACAGAUCUGGUGAGGGUGCACGUGACAGAGCACUGGACAGGGAGCCCCAAGCUUUCAUGCUCGCUUUGCCCCCAGUUUGACCUGGCUCCUGGGCCUGUCUCUUCCCCUCUCUUCCUGUCUUUAAAACCAGUGGGAUGGACUAGCCCAUCUGUACGCAGUAGGGGAGGGCACAGAAUGUCCUUAGCAGAAUCUCAGAGUGUCUACGCUCCAGAGCUGUUUGGGGGUCGGCCUUUAUCAUUCAGAUCAAAGGCCCAAGGUGCCGUCCGGACGGAGGCGGUUCCUGAGGGAGCACGCGGCCCCCUUCUCUGCCUUCCUCACCGACAGCUUCGGCCGGCGCCACAGCUACCUGCGGAUCUCCCUCACCGAGAAGUGCAACCUCAGAUGUCAAUACUGCAUGCCCGAGGAGGGUGUCCCUCUGACCCCCAAGGCAGACCUGCUGACCACAGAGGAGAUCCUAACCCUGGCCCGCCUCUUUGUGAAAGAAGGUGUAGACAAGAUCCGACUCACGGGCGGGGAGCCGCUCAUUCGGCCGGACGUGGUGGACAUCGUGGCACAGCUCCACCAGCUGGAAGGGCUGAGGACCAUUGGCAUCACCACCAACGGCAUCAACCUAGCCCGGCUGCUGCCGCAGCUUCAGGAAGCUGGCCUCAGUACCAUCAACAUCAGCCUGGACACGCUGGUACCAGCCAAGUUUGAGUUCAUCGUCCGCAGGAAAGGCUUCCGCAAGGUCAUGGAGGGCAUCCACAAGGCCAUUGAGCUGGGCUACAGUCCUGUGAAGGUGAACUGUGUGGUGAUGCGAGGCCUGAAUGAGGACGAACUCUUGGACUUCGUGGCCUUGACCGAGGGCCUUCCCCUGGACGUGCGCUUCAUAGAGUACAUGCCCUUUGAUGGCAACAAGUGGAACUUCAAGAAGAUGGUCAGCUAUAAGGAGAUGCUGGACACCCUCAGGCAGCAGUGGCCGGAGCUGGAGAAGCUGCCGGAGGAGGAAUCCAGCACAGCCAAGGCCUUUAAAAUCCCUGGCUUCCGAGGCCGAGUCAGCUUCAUCACGUCCAUGUCUGAGCAUUUCUGUGGGACGUGCAACCGCUUGCGAAUCACAGCUGACGGGAACCUCAAGGUCUGCCUCUUUGGGAACUCAGAGGUAUCUCUACGGGAUCACCUGCGGGCGGGGGCCUCUGAGGAGGAGCUGCUGCGCAUCAUUGGGGCUGCCGUGGGCAGGAAGAAGCGGCAGCAUGCAGGCAUGUUCAAUAUUUCCCAGAUGAAGAACCGGCCCAUGAUCCUCAUCGAGUUAUUUUUGAUGUGCCAAGAUUCCCCACCAGCCGUUCCAAGCAUCUCCUUCAGGGACUCCCUGCAUGUUCAGGGUCUGAGGCACAGAGUGAGUUUCUCCAGCCAGACGGUGACUUUGUGGAAGGGGGGCUGGCCCCCCCAGAUCCCUUGCCUCGCCCAGCGGUGGCUGGCAUCUGGGCUCCCUCAGAGACAUUACAGUUCCCACCUCGACUCAGAUGCCAACCCAAAGUGCCUUAGCCCAGAGCCCCGGGCUCCUGCCACCCCAUCAGGACCUCCGCCCACCUCAGACCAACUGACCCACGUGGACAGGGAAGGACAGGCGGCUAUGGUAGACGUGGGUGGGAAGCCAGACACAGAGCGGGUGGCCAUGGCCUCAGCCGUGGUCCUCCUGGGGCCUGUGGCCUACAAGCUCGUCCAGGAGAACCAGCUAAAGAAGGGAGAUGCCCUGGUGGUGGCCCAGCUGGCAGGCGUCCAGGCGGCCAAGCUGACCAGCCAGCUGAUCCCGCUGUGCCACCACGUGGCCCUGAGCCACGUGCAGGUGCAGCUGGAGCUGGACAGCACACGCCACGCCGUGCUGGUCCGGGUGUCUUGCCGGGCUCGGGGCCCCACUGGGGUGGAGAUGGAGGCCCUGACCUCCGCUGCCGUGGCCGCCCUCGCCCUGUAUGACAUGUGCAAGGCUGUCAGCAGGGACAUCGUGUUGGCGGAGAUCAAGCUCGUCAGCAAGACCGGGGGUCAGCGGGGGGACUUCCAUCGGACGUAGAGCUCCUGCCCCCUCUCACCCCUGGCCCAGCGAGGUCAAGAGAUGGGAUGAGAUUUCAGCCAAGGGAAAGAUGUCAAGUUCCUUUCACCCCGCCACCAGUUACCUUCAACCGGUAGGAACCCCAGGUCAGCCCACCCCUCUACUGCUCGAUGACCUACACUGACCUGCGAGGUUUCCUUUCUUCCGAGAGGAAACCAACAGGCCCGUCAGCCUUCCUGGACCCUAACUAAGGUCGUGGGAGGGGGCUGGCCGCAGCAAGCAAGGCUAGAUAACCCCCAAAUCACACUGAGUGACUUGUGGACUCUCUCCGACAGUUGAGCCCAUAACCUCCCCUUCUCUCUUGGGUUUCCUCUUCUCCUUCCUUCCCCGGGAGGGAACCAAGGGCUCCCAAGCAGGGGCCUCGUGGGCCACAGCCCUGAGGCCUCCUGACCAAGCACACCUCCCACACCUGCCCCGCGCAUGGCCUUUCCACCUGCACCCCUUCGUCCUGGGACACACCAGGGGAGGAGGAGCAAUGGCGCUUGCCUUCACCCACACGGUGCACCAAAUAAAGCCACGAUGCCCAUUUGGGGGAUGCAAGAAUGAGGACUGUGUCUGUGCCGAGGGCACCGAGCCGCCGUGAUGGCAGGCCCACCCCUCAACCCAACGCCCCCUGGGGGGAGAGGAGCAGGAGAGACGCUGGAAAAGCAAAGGGGCGUGUUCUCCGUGCACCCCGCCUUCCCUGGGGGAGAAGGCAGGAGUGGAGAGGGAGGCCCAGAGAUGCAGCAUCUCCAGUAGCACCGUCAGGUAGGGGUGUCUGAAGCCCAUCCCGUCGCCGGCUGGUAGAGGUCCCGGGGUGCAAUUAGAGGCUCCCGGUUUUCACAUCCCCAAACGCUGGACGUGCUUGCGGGGUUCUCUCGGUGUGGGUAGGUGUCUAGUUCUAGCCUCACUCCCCCGGCCCCCCCGCCUGCCUUUCCUCUGGCCCUGCACCCAGGUGUGCUGGCAAAUGCUUAACAACUAGCUCUUGGAAAAGCAAAAAAGGCCAAUUUCCAUGGUCUAAGUCCUCCCACCUUGGCCGAUUUCAAGCUACCGUACGACGCGAACUGGCUUGCGGAAUUCCUGAGGAUGUCACAGUCGGGGCUCGCAGAGCGGGUAGGAUCUGCUUCCCACACACCAUGGGCUAUGCCGCUCCCCAGCACGCCUCACGUCCCAGCGUGGGAAGAAGGCACAAGUUUCAAGGCCGGUUAGGUAGGGGUGGCACGGAUUUAAUAUUUUUUAGUAUUACAAUAUAUUCUAUAAAAAAGGUGCAGGCGAAAAGGACGCUGCAGAAUUUGUACAUUAGCCUCAUUUGUCAUCUGAAACAGCUGGUGAGAACAGCCUUGGCGUGGAGGUGGUAGAGGUGGGGGGCGGGGGUGGUCACGGCUCCCCCAGAGGGUGGAAAGGGAAUAGGGUUGGGGAAGAGCCUGGACCAGACCCUUCCCCAUCCACCCGGAGACUUUUCUCCUCCCGCCGCCCUAAACACACCUCCCUUCCCUCACAGGGGAGGGGGAGCAGAUGUUGCUGCUGAGAAGGGGACAGGUUGCAUCAGAUUAACUGAAUUUUACGCUGUACACAAAAUUAGCUGGAGAAAUGAACCCAAAGGUGGCAGGAAGGGCACCUGGGAACGACCAAGGGACAAAUACAACAGGCGUCAACGUUUAGCACAUCAAGGACCAACUCAGCUGUCUCCAAGGCACCAGCACUUCUUGCUGAGUCAGCCGUGAUGGUCUGUGGUCCAAGGCACUGUUGGCGAUCUGGCUACAGUGGCGUCUGGUGUCAGAGCCACUGGCCAGAUCUAGAAAAAUAAUAAAUAGAGAAAGCAAAAUCUUUAGAGGUGAGAAGCCUGAGCCCUGGAACAAUCAAUAUACGUGUCCUCUGUAAACAGUUAAA